CUCAGUGCUUACUCCCAUCCACGAACCACGAUUUCUCGUAUCCACGCGUCGCUUCCACCUUCAUACCUUUCAAAACAAUUUUCUUAAUUAAAAAAAACUCAUUAAUAAUCAAUCAAUAAAAACAUAAUUUUGCUACUGAGUUAACUCCAACGGAAUAAGAAUCAUCUAGAAACUCAUCACAACCAGACUCGAAACAAAAUCAAUCGUCUCUCUAGUUUCUCUGUAAAAAUUAGAUUAACCUACUUCCAAUUUCAGUGUUCAUGGUGGAAAAGGGUUCAUGGUCUUGCAAACCUGAAGAUCUGUUUUCUCGGUGUGAUUGUGACUCAAGCAAAGAACAGAAAUGGCCAGCAUCACCAAGUAUGUCUGAUCGUUGUUUCAAGAGCGGCAAUAUAGAUUCUAGCGGUUGUGAGCUUUGUGCAAAUGAUAGUAUCUUAGGGAAAAAGAGUUUGAUGGAGGAUGAUAGUGUGUCUCAAUAUUCAAUUAAUCAUGUAUCGCAACCUGAUAAUGAGCUUAGCUUUCUUGAUACUGAUAGAUGGCUUGAUAUAGACAACUUUGAAGAUGUUGAUAGGAUGAUGUUAAAUUAUGACUCAACUUUUGGAAUGGGGGGCCUCAAUAAUGAAGAUGAAUUCUGCUGGACAUCAUUAUCACAUGGAACUGAAGGACCUGUUGGAGAAGCCGUGAAAUCUGACUUCAAGUUUUCACCUGCUGAUGCAAGUCCACUGAAAAGUAUAUCAGAAUCAGAUUAUAAUAUGGAUCGGAAGGACAAUAUUGAUGGUCUGCCAAUUCUUGGUCCUGAGGAAAAACCGUCUCCUUUUGAUGAAAAUUUGAGGUGUGAAAUGGAUGUUGAUCUUGACGAUGCUCCUACUUCAUUAUCAACAUUUGGGGAAUCAGACACGAAGUCGGGUAUUACAGAUGACUUGAUGCCUAAACAAAAGAUACAAGGGCAACUGUUAAAGCAAUCAGUGGGAAAGAGAAAAACUAGCUGUCUAGAAGAUGGUGAUUUUGAUCAUCCUUAUGCCCUCGAGGAGCAACAUGCAAAUCUGAAGCAACUCUAUGAAGCCUCUUCUAGUGGGGUCACUUCCCAGAAUAGCAUUCACGAGCAAAGACCAAAUAUGGAGUCUGAUUCUAUGGGUUGUGUACAGAUGCAAACUCCCUCAAUGCACCCAGAUUGCAGCCAUACUUCAAAUUAUACACCCCUCCUUCCUGCAUCGUCUGGAUCAAGGUCUGAACACGACGAAUAUCCAUCUUCUUCUUUUAAAGAAUCAUCCUAUGCAUCAAAUAGGGAGAGUUCUCAUGGUCAUCCUUUGGAGGCUACUGCCUUGAAAACAAAUUAUAAGGAAGAAAAUCAAUAUCUUUACAAUGAUGCAAAAUCUACAAGUAGGGGUUUCAAAUGUGAAAAUAUGCAAAAUCCCAUGCAAUUCAAAAGUCCAGGUUCAGCUAAGAAGGUAGGAAGUCAGUUUGAAAAUGUGAAAGAAGGCCAUAGUGAAGUUGGAGAAGUUAGCAUAGGAUUUUCACCAGAAACAGAAUCAUCAAUUGUACAGGAAAGUUCAUCUAUGAGCUCUCCAUUGGAUGGAAUCUCACAUGAAGCAGGUAGCUUUCGCCAGUUGCAACAGGUCCUGGAUCAGUUGGACGUUAAAAUCAAACUAUGCAUAAGGGACAGCCUGUAUCGCUUAGCCCGAAGUGCUGACCAAAGACAUAUUGAUGGCAAAGCAAGUGCUUUAAUGGGCGAUGACGUUGAAGCAUCUAAAGGGGCAAUGACACAGGAUGCCAACAGGUGUACGGGAUUUGUGAACAUGGAAACUACUACAAAUCCCAUCGAUCGGUCUAUAGCUCAUUUGCUGUUUCAUAGGCCCUCAGAUUCAUCAAUGUUGCCUGUUACUGAUACUCUACCUUCAAAAUCCAGUUCCAUGAUACACGGAUCUGCAACCAAUCCACCAAUAUUUAUUGAGAAACAGGCUUGUCAGGAAGAAUCUGCUGCUGGAGUAGAAAAUAAAUCUUGAAGGGUAUCACAUACUGAUAACUGAAUCUAUUAUAUUUGAUGUUGGUCUGAUGUAUAGUGUCUUCUUUUCAAUUAAGUCAUCCUAUUGUGUAUAUAGUUAUUUGAGGCUUACUCAGAUCCUUUAGUGAUUCAGUUUUUGCAUUGAUAUCAUUACAGUAAUGUAAAUUGGGCUGGUAAUUUAUAUAAGGUAGCGUAUAUGAUA